CCACAUGACGAGCAUUCAUUUCGUCAUCGUCGCCUCGUAAUAUUCCUCCACUUUUGCUCAGCCGUCUCAAAGUACAAUCGGAACAAGUGGAGUGUAAUGUCUUGUAAGAUCUCGAACUAAAUAUUUAUUUACAACAAUGUGGACUGAACAAGUGCUGUGUCAACGUGGGUGCUGGAAAUAACUACAAUUUCAGAUUAGAAUUUCUUCAAUAUUGUGUUGUAAAACAGUUAUGAAUAAGUGACGAUUAAAUUGAGAUGGAGAACUGCAAAUAGUGUAGUCGACUGCUCUCUCUUCUCGUGAUUGACAUAACUGUAACGAUAUUGUGUAGCACAUAAAUAAUAAUUAUUAUCUCCACUUGCAGCCAAAUAGUGCAUCAUGCAAUGCACAUAGCAGUUCUUUGCACCAAAUCACAUCAACCACUAUGUAAAAGCUCAGAAGAGAAUACCUAACAAUACACGAGCGAUAUUUGUAGCUUACAAAUACAUACAUAAGUAGAUCCCCGUUUCAUUUAAUAGUUGGCACAUAAAUAGCUUCAUCCAUAUUUUAGUUGAUAUGCUCAAUCAUCAACUAUUUGUGUGCGUACGUAUUUAAAUAGUUAUUGGUUGGUGAUGUUUGGUUGAAGGAAACCCUGCUUCUUCUUUUUCUGGUCGUAUAUACGGAUAAUUGGUCUCUGCUAGAUUAAUUUCAAGGUGGUUUGGUUGUACGUACGUGUUUUAUAGGAACAAUAUUUCCAUUUCUUUCACCCGUCUAUACUUGUGUACAUGGCAUAAUAUUUCGUGUUGGGUGGGAUGUGAUGCUGCUGCGUGAUUGAAAUACUUACUUUGCUACUACGAGUAAGUAAUGCUGAAAAUUUGUGCUAAAAGUGCAACUCAUCUCCAAAUCCGGCUUCAAUUCGUGUUCAACCUCAAUCAGGCAGAGAUCUCGGCACUAAUUUCGUCUCAUCGCGUCGUCUCUCCACUACACGCUGCUGGAUAACUGGAGCUCUGGAGAAUUUUGGACAGGUUAAGCUACUAAUUCAGGUUUGAAAUCGAAACGUCAGGAUGAGCGUGCCCGAGAAAGUGGUGCAAGUUUGCGAGGAGUUGAUCAUUUCGGAUGAGACGCUCCGUCGCGUGAUGGACGCGUUGGACCACGAGAUCAAUCUCGGUCUCGGCAAGGAGACGAAUUCCUCGGCGACCGUGAAGUGCUUCCCGACAUACGUCCGCUGCCUCCCUAAUGGGCAAGAGAAAGGCAAAUUUCUCGCCCUGGACCUCGGCGGGACGAAUUUUCGUGUUCUACUGAUCGAUCUGGAGGGAGGAAGUACAACGGCGAAGAUGGUUUCCAAGAUUUACGCCGUCCCCACAGCGGUCAUGGUGGGACCGGGAGACGGACUUUUUGACCAUAUUGCUCAAUGCCUAUCAACCUUCAUGCAUGAACAUAAAGUGGAGAAUGUCAAGAUUCCGCUGGGCUUUACGUUCUCGUUUCCUUGCAGGCAGGAAGGAUUGACGAAGGGGAUUCUGGUCACGUGGACGAAGGGAUUUAAUUGUUCGGGGGUGGAAGGGAAGGACGUCGUCCUCAUGUUGCAAGAGGCAAUUCGUCGCAGGGGGGAUGUCGAAAUUGAUGUGUUGGCAGUUUUGAAUGACACGACGGGAACUCUGAUGGCAUGUGCGUACAAGAACCAAGACUGUCGAAUUGGACUUAUCAUUGGAACGGGUACGAAUGCCUGUUAUAUCGAAAAAUUGGACAAGGUCGAACUCUGGAAUGAGGAUCAUAACGAGCCAAAGCAAGUGAUUAUCAAUACCGAAUGGGGCGCCUUCGGAGACAACAAAUGCCUAGACUUUAUCUACACCGGGUACGAUCGAGAAGUGGACGAGACAUCGAUCAACCCUGGGAAACAGAUAUUCGAAAAAAUGAUUUCCGGGAUGUAUAUGGGAGACAUAGCUGGCCUAGUUCUCAGAAAGUUGACCCGUGAGGGUCACAUCUUCCGGGGAAAUGGUGCGGACGAGAUUUUCAAGCGAGGAGCUUUUCACACCAAGUACAUCUCAGAGAUUGAAGGGGACAAGGUCGGCGACUGGACAAAUUGUCGUCAGAUCCUCCUCGAGGAACUCGGCAUCCCCGAACCCGUCACAGAUCAAGACUGCAUCGUUGUUCGCCACGUGUGCGAGGUUGUCUCGCGUCGUGCCGCCCACCUCGUCUCCGCCGGUUUGGCCUGCCUCCUCAACAAGAUUGGGGAAAAGAAGGCCGUCGUGGCGGUGGAUGGGUCGGUGUACCGUUUCCACCCCUGUUUCCACAACCUGAUGACUGCCGCGAUUCAAAAGCUGGUCAAUCCCGAUAUGAAGUUCGAUCUGAUGUUGUCCGAGGACGGGAGUGGGCGAGGAGCUGCCUUGGUCGCUGCUGUGGCGUCGAGAACGGCGUCAGAUUGACGUCUUAGUGAUACCGUAAUUAUAAAUAGGAACGACUAUCAUCAUCAUCGAUACGAAGAAGAGGAUAGAUUUACACUAGUUUUGGAUAGAUAGAGUAUUAACAAGGUAAUCAAUUCCGUAGUCUGAAAAUGAAAAAUCAACUGUUGCCAUAUUUGUAAUAAGUAAUUUUUAGCUACUGAUACAACAAAAAGGACUAAUUAAAUAAUUAACUAAUUAGUUAAUUAAUCAAUACAAACUGAUCUAUGUAGAAGUGAUUUGUAAUUCAGAGAGAAAACAAUAAUGACGUCGUGCUCGUUACAUUAGACAAAAAUAUUUAGAUACAAGUUAACAGAGAAAUUGUAACAAGUGUUGUUUUAUACGAGUGCAAAUUUAGCUGUGUGUGUAGCAGGUGUGGAAAAUGGGAUUAUUAAAUAACUAUUGUUGAUUGUGCCAGUUAAUUGUAAGCAUAAAUAAUUAACGAAUCGGAAACGAACUUUAUUUAGAUACUAAAAAAAUGAGUGAAUCAAUUGUUUUAAAAUAUUUUGACGCAAUAUUUGCAAAAAAUAAGUGAAAAAAUAUGACAAUGAUGAAGCAGAAGAAUCUUGAAAAGUAGAGUGAAGAAUUAUAUUAGAGAAAUGUUCAGUAAAAAAUGAAAUUA